AUGGCGGUGGAGGACAGCAUGGUGCAGGUGGUGGUGCGUGUACGACCUCCCACCUCACGGGAGUUAGAGAGUCAACGGCGGCCUGUGGUUCAGGUGGUGGACGAGCGGGUGCUUGUGUUCGACCCCGAGGAGCCUGAUGGGGGAUUUCCUGGUCUGAAAUGGGGCAACACCCAUGAUGGUCCCAAGAAGAAGGGCAAAGACCUGAAGUUUGCCUUUGACCGGGUCUUCGGUGAGGUGGCCACCCAACAGGAUGUGUUCCAGUACACCACCCACAGCAUCCUGGAUGGCUUCCUCCAGGGCUACAACUGCUCAGUGUUCGCCUAUGGAGCCACUGGGGCUGGAAAGACACACACCAUGCUCGGCCGAGAGGGGGACCCCGGCAUCAUGUACCUGACCACCAUGGAGUUGUACCGACGUCUUGAGGCCCGCCAGGAGGAGAAGCGGUUUGAGGUGCUCAUCAGUUACCAGGAGGUGUACAAUGAGCAGAUCCAUGACCUCCUGGAGCCGAAGGGGCCCCUUGCCAUCCGUGAGGACCCCGACAAGGGGGUGGUGGUGCAAGGCCUUUCCUUCCACCAGCCAACGUCAGCUGAGCAGCUGCUGGAGAUGCUGACCAGGGGGAACCGUAACCGCACACAGCACCCCACAGACGCCAAUGCGACUUCCUCCCGCUCCCAUGCCAUCUUCCAGAUCUUCGUGAAGCAGCAGGACCGGGUUCCAGGACUGACCCAGGCCUUUCAGGUGGCCAAGAUGAGCCUGAUUGACCUGGCUGGCUCGGAACGGGCGUCCAGCACCCAUGCCAAGGGGGAGCGGCUACGGGAGGGCGCCAACAUUAACCGUUCUCUGCUAGCGCUCAUCAACGUCCUCAACGCCCUGGCCGAUGCGAAGGGUCGUAAAUCUCACGUGCCCUACCGGGAUAGCAAGCUGACUCGCCUGCUCAAGGACUCCAUCGGCGGCAACUGCCGCACAGUGAUGAUAGCUGCCGUCAGCCCCUCUAGCCUGACCUAUGAAGACACUUAUAAUACCCUCAAGUAUGCCGACCGGGCCAAGGAGAUCAAACUCUCGCUGAAAAGCAAUGUGGUCAGCCUGGACUGUCACAUCAGCCAGUACGCCACCAUCUGCCAACAACUUCAGGCUGAGGUGGCUGCUCUGAGGGAGAAGCUGCAAGUGUAUGAGGCGGGAGCCCAGGCUCCACCCCAGGAGCUGCCAGUAUCCCCCAAAUUGGCCCUGCCACAACCACACCAGCACCGUACCCCAGAGCCCCCGCCAGGAUCUGGAGUCCUUCAGGAGAACUUGGAAACGGAGCCCCAGGAGGAAAGGCCUGGGGUAGGGAAGUCCCCAGACCAGGAGCAACCCCCAGAGGAAAAGAAUGAAGGCCCAGCCAAGGAGGUUCCAGUCGCCAUGCCAGUGCAGAGCCCCAGAAACCCAGCUCCAGGGUCCUCUGGCCUGCGCCUACAGCCCAAGCCAGUCAAGGACAGGGAUCACUCUAAGCAGUUGACCCACAAGGUGUUGUGCCUGGCCCAGCGGCAGUACUCCUUGCUCCAAGCAGCCAACCUCUUGACCCCGGACAUGAUUGCAGAAUUCGAGGCCCUACAGCAGCUGGUGCAGGAGGAAGAUACUGAGUCUGGAGUGGAGGCUUCCAGGACUCCUGGCCUGGCCAAGGGGGCACCUCUGACCCAGGAGCGGUGUUCAGAGCUCCUUCAGCAUGUUGCUUCUCUCUGCCCAGAGUCUCCAGGAUACUCUGGCCCUGUGACCCGAACCAUGGCAAAGCAGUUGAGUGGCCUCAUGCCCACUCUGGGGAUCCCAGCCAGGCCUGACUACACCCCAACCCAGGCAUCCCAGCUGCCCCCAAAAAAGAAGAGGAGGAGGAGACUGAGUCCCUUGGAACCAGACAGCUCUCCAGUCCCAAAGCUGAGAACCAAGCGCCAGCGUCAGUCCUUCCUGCCCUCCCUGGAGAGGGGCUCUUUGCCUGAGGCCCAGCCAGCACAUGACCCCCACACCCCCAAGCGGGGAAGGACCUCUUCUCCCUGUCAUUCCCCUCAUUUCUGCCCAGCCACAGUCAUCAAAAGCCGGGUACCCUUGGGCCCUUCCGCCCUGCAGAACUGCUCCACCCCUCUGGCCCCUCCAGCUCGUGAUCUCAAUGCCACCUUUGAUCUCUCCGAGGAGCCCCUCUGCAAGUUUGGUUUCAGUGAAUGUCUUAACUGGGAGAAUGUCCCCCAGGAGCUGACCAGUCUGGAGCAGCCCUUCGUCCCCAGUGGACCUGUGUUCCUGUUCACCACCAAGGGUCCCAAGCCAACGUCUUCCCUCCCUGGGACCUCAGCCUUCAAGAGGAGAUGCCUUGGGAGCUCUUCAGUCUCCUGCUCCCUGGGAGUGGCCCGGGGCCGAAGCCGAAGCCGUAUUGCCCGUCUCCCCAGCAGCACCUUGAAAAGGCCAGCUGGGCCCUUCGCAAUCCCAGAGCGCCCCUCCAGUCCCCAGAGGAGCCAGAAGGAAUUAGUGGGUGUUGGGGAAACCCUGUCAGCUGGGAGCUGCAUCACCAAGGUGGCCUGA